CAUUUCACUGAAUGAAUUCUUAUGGUUUUUUAUAAUAACCUACAACUCACAGCAGGUUGGGAAAGUGCUAACAAUAUCUCAUUAGCUUAGGUAUCAAUUUGCAAAAAUGAGACAACUAUGUGUAUAUUAUUAAUGACAUUACAUAUAAUAAUAGAUAGAAAAGACCUUUAGUAGAUAAGGCUAACAAUAAAUAGGGAUGGCUAUAGUACAAAACACCUCCGAUUACAAGACCAUGAUUCCAAUUCCUUCUUAUAAACAUAAUUUUAACCGAUCAUUUAUCAAUAUUAUUUAAACUUCAACCAUUUUACUGAAUGGGUUAUAUAAUUUGUUGUAAAAAAUGAUACUUGACGUGUUAUAAGGAAUCACAUGAUAAUUUUACAUAACUUUUACAAAUAAAAAUAUUUUUCAAAGUAUUACUCAUGUUGAUAUUAGUAAUAUGAGGUUCUCAAUUGUUUGAUUGUUGUAUUUAGGCUAGGUAAGAGAUUAGUCCAGCAAUAGAUUAUUAGGCAAAUUGAGAACAUACUUCAUUUUACAAAAAAAAUGAUAUUACAAAGUCAAAAUUAUAGGCAGAUUGGAAAUAGUUUACCCAACUUGCAGCAUUUCAAUAGCGUUUUCCCUUAACGAUUAAAACAAUGUUGAUGGAUAGUGUACCCGGGGGUAGCUUAUCCGAGGGGUUAUUACGGGGAAUAAUAAGAGAGAGGUCAGAGCAAGUAAGUAUAGAGAGAGAAAGUAUAUUGUAAAGUGUUGAGCGUUUUCAGCGUGGUUACAAAUGGGGAAAUGGGGUGCUAUUUAUAGUAGCAAUAAGUGCCGGACAGGGACACGUGUCAAGCGUCCAUUGGCCGAGAGGUCACCUCAACUGGUUGGCGCUGGCAACCGCAUGUAGCCGCAUUUAAUGCGGCUGUCGGAUGGGACGUUGUACUUAGUACGGUGACCCAGAUGCGCGUGGAGGGAAGAUCCUGUCGAGUGAGGUGCCUUCGGCCGCAUAGUAGCUGCCGAAGGCUCUCUGUUGCCGAGGGCACACUAGUGCCGAGGGCUCUAGGUGCCGAGGGCUACUGUUUUUUGCCGUUUUCUCCCAGUUUCUUAGUUUGCUUGAAAAACCCGUUCUGUGAGAGAUUUGAGCCUUCGGGCUUCCUGUGGGCUCCCCAGUGUGCGCUGCGGGCUGCUAAGUGCUUGGGGCGCCGUAAUUUGGGCCUACUGUGCUUCCUGGGCCGGUUGGGCCUUUAUUGGUGUAGUAGGAGUCUGUGGGUCGGGGGUUCCCGGGCCAUAUACUACAUCAGGAGUCCCUCACUCCUUUUGCCGAAAGGUACUUGAGGGAAAAGGAGUAAUUUGUGCUUGCCCUUUGAUGUUGUCCCGUUGUAAUCUCUGAAGUUGGUGAGGAGUUGUUGUUUGCAUGUCCCUGCCGAAGGCAAUCCCUCAGUUACCCACAUGUCGGGACUUGAGGGAUUGCUUUGCCGUUUGUUGGAAUUUUUCACCAUUUUGUAAUUUAAUGAUUUUCCCGAAGGGGUUCUCCAAUCCCCCACUCCUUGAGGCACUUGUAAAGUGGUGAAAAGGAGUAGAGUUUAGUCCGUUGUAGCAUGGGGCCAAAGGCUAACGCUUUUCGUUUCAUUUUGGGGGGAUGCCUCGUUAAAAACCUCAUUAGGAAAAACCCUGUGGGAAAAAAUCCUAAUGAGGGAAAAAGAGUGCACCGAAUUCCCCCAAUGAUGAAUCGAAAAGGUUCAACCCUGGUCUAAAGUGAAGUGUAAUGUUGAUGCCGAAGGUUCGCAUGAUUUGAGGGCGUGUUUGUUGUAUUGUCGAAGGCACGUCGUCGAUAUCCUGGGAGGCGUCGAAGUAGAGUCCCUCAAUCCAUGGGACUGAGGGUGUGAUAAACGCAAAUAGUAGUUGUGAAGAUCCCGAAGGCUUCACGUCUUUUGUUAUUUAGUUGAUGAGGGGAGUACCCGAAGGGUCCCGUUACCCGCGUGCCGGGGGCGCGCUUGUUGAUGAAGUGAUAUUCUCCGGGGGCUGCCUGGAAAUUAAUGUGUUGGAGGGGGGAGGAUACCCGAGGGGUCUGCCAUUUGUGAGCCCGGGGGGUCCCCUUUGUGAGGUGGAGCGAAGGAGGGAAGCCCAGGGACUACCUCUUUAUUUGAUGAAGGAGUGUUUACCCGAGGGCGUACCUUCAGGUUCCCAGAAUAUAGCCGUUGAAUGUGACCGUUGGAGGGGGAGUACACGUGGCGCAUGAUGGUUGGCUGCCCGUGGGCGGCGUCACCGGUUGGGCGAAGACACGGCGCGUAAUGAUGACCUUUUGCCGGGGGCCCGUUUUUUUGGGCCCAAGCCCGGAUCUGGGCGCCUAUAAAUACCCCCGGCCAAGGCCAUUCGUCUUUGUGCGAUCAUACUGUUAGCGAAGCUCUGCCAAAAUUUCUAGAGAGAGAAACUCCAGCCUUCGGUCAAACCCAGUUUCAGAGGUUAGUUCUCCUUCUGUCCUUAGCUCUAUUUGAGUACUUAGCUUUCCGGCCUUAGGUUUAGGCUUUGGGACUGUUUAGGAACCCUUUUGUGUGCGAAUUUUUCGACCCCUCGCCUUUUAGAAGUAAUGUCGUCAGCUAGUGAUUCCCAAGACAUCUCGGGGGAGGCUUCAGUGAACAUCGAAGUGGCGUCUGACGUGGAAUCCUCAAGCGAGCAGCUCUCGGUCAUCGACGAUAGGGCCGUAGCCGAGGCGAUGCAGGAUGACCUUCAGCUUGAACUCGAGGCUGAAGACUUCGAGCAGGUGAAUGCGGAUGAAGAGCUUGCCAUGGCCUAUCAGGUGGCCGAGGACGAGGCCCAGAAGGAGGGCCUGAAGGUGACUGUAGCUGUCCCUCCUCCUCGGCGUGAUACCGAAGCUGGGAGCUCCCGGCCUCUUGACGCCGUACCCCUCAGUGUGGCCCCAGGAAAGAAGAGAAAGAAGAUGAGGACGGCUCCGAAGAAGAAGCAAGCUGCCGUCGACGCUGGCCAGCCAGUGGGACUGCCUGAGGGCUACUCUUUUCUGAAUACGGCCGCCUUGGAGGUCAAAAACAAAGCUACCCGAGGGGAGAUGAUGGCGGCACAGUUUUUGGUUGGACCUUCGGCGCAGGUGGUAGAGCCAAAGCCGGAUGACGUGCUCCUCCAUGCCCCCGAGGGCUGUUUUGCCGUACAUCUGCUUUCGGUGGAACCUGGUCUCAGAUUUCCCCUUCAUCCCUUCGUGUUGGAAUACCUUCGCUUCGUCAAGCUAGCCCCCUGCCAGUUGACCCUGAACAGUCACUCAUACCUGGCAGGGUUCCUGUCGCUGUGCCUCAGCCGAAAGGUCCCCCUACUCUGGAGCAAUUCUUUCUGUCGUUCAACUUGUGUCGGGGGGGUCAUUCGAAUGCCGGGGGCUAUGGUAAUUUGCAGCAGCUCCCGAAGUUCAGGAUUUUUGACGAGGCGCCUUCGUCUCACAAGGGGUGGAAAGAUAAGUUCUGCUACAUCCGUCUGGCCGAGAACCCUUUCUCCGCUCCGCUUGGUGAUAGGUUUCGGAGGCACCUGAAGGCAGAAGGGUAUGCCCUCGAGAAAAAUGGGCGGGAGUUGUCCAAGAAACCGGAGGGGUCUGAUAAACACGUGUCCAUCAAAGACGCAACGCUUUCUAGUGAGUUGUACAAGCUUGGCUUCCGUCGGUAUCGGCUGAUGGGGGAGAAAGAGGAAGGCUACCCCACGAUUGAUCAUGUAUAUGAGAGCGCCGAAGGUUGUUGCAAUGCCGAUGGCUUUAAUUUUCAUACUUAGAAUUUUUCCCUUGCUUUGUUGUAGUAGUAAACUAACUCUUGUGUGCCUUCUUUUGUUUCAGGACCAGAUAUGGACGCCCGGAACCUUGUCAAGCUGAAGAGGCAAUUCGCCAAGGAAGACCAGAAGAAGGAGGCCCCCGCACAGCAGAGGGCGGUUGACGAGAUAUUCCCGAAGGCGGGAGCAGCCGACGAGGUCAAGGAGGCAGGGCCCGUCGUGGAGACCGCCAUCGGAGGCUCCCCCGGUUUGGAGCUGAAGAGGAAGAGACUGGGGAAGGACCCGGCGCAGCCGGGGGAGAAGAAGAAGAAGAAGGGGGCCCCGGAGUUGAAGGAAGCCCCCGUUGUGAUUGUAGAUGAAUCUUCUCCCCCCAAGCCUUCGGGUCAAGCCACUGGUCUGACAUGGCCCCAGGACAAAGUCCAAUUCUCCAUCACGAAGGGGACCGCUAUCAUGCACGGGACCCUGAACCCGAAGGAGUUUUUGAGGAGUGCCACCCCUCCGACCGAUAAGUCUGUGCUCUCCCGUCAUGCCGAUGAUGUCCUCUGCUCCAAGGUUCUGAUGGCCUCGGUUACGGCAAGCCUUGGCCUUGGCGAGCUGGUCCACAGGAUGGAGCAGUAUGAUUCCGUGAAGAAGAAGACCGAUGAAGCAUUGGCUGAGGCCCGAAAGCAGCUCAAAGAGGCCGAGGAAGCUCUCAAAGCUGAGCAAAAGGCUUUUCAUGAAAUCCUCGAGAGCUCCAAGACGGUGGCCAGGGCCGAAGGCAAGGCAGAGGCGGAGAAGGCUGCGGCCGAGGCUGCCAAGAAAGCCGCAAAGGAUGCCGAGGAGGCCCAGAACAAAUCCGUCGCCCAAGCCCGGGAGGAUGCUGUUGCCGCUUUUGCUGAGGAGGGAUGGAGAGCCGAAGGCCGGAAGGAAUGGGUGGCUUCGGUAGUGGAGGCUUCGGUGAACGAAUGGGUGAAAGGCCCAGGCGCGAUGUGGCUGGCCUGAAAGGGCAAAGAGUAUUAUGACGGGGGUGAGUACUUUACUCAGGCCCUUGUAUAUCGAAGGCUGUCCCGGCAUCUUGGGGUGGACCCGAAGGCCUUCGACCCGGCAUCCUAUGGUCUCCCUUCCCUUCAGCCAGACCCCAGGGUUCCCCUCCCUGAAGGUGUUGAGAGGCCAAGACUCCGUGCUGAUGGCCGAGGGCAGCGACGAAGAGGAAGAACCCGGGGAUGAUGCCGCGUCUAAACCUGUAGUAGAGGACGCCUCCGGGAAUGAUGUUGUUUGACGUGUAAUCUGUACUUAGCAAAUAUUUGGAACACACUUUGUAAUGGUCACAUUUGUAUGCUUUCGGCCCUGGCCAUCAUUGUAACAAUUACAUUUACUUCUGCUUUUGAUGAUUGAUG